GUUAAACUAACUGCUAUUUGCUGAGAUUCGGUUGUCAACCGACGGAAAAGAACAAGACCUGCAUUGAACAGCCAUGAUCGGGAACGGUGAAACGACUGACUUACCGGGAGCUUGGGGUUACUUCUCCCUUACAACAAUGACAGAAGAACCGAUGCAGGGGAACCGCCGCAGCUUCCGCCAUCUUCCCCAGAAUAGCACAACAGUGACGUCGGUCCUCCUGCAUACCAAAGAGGUGGUCCGCCAACAUCCCUUCAUGCAAUGCGCAACUCUUUGGGAAAAUAAGCUUACCUGUGAGGGCGGAAAUUCGUUGUGUUGUGGCGCUGGCAAUCACAUGUGUUUGGGAUUCUGAAGUUGUUUUGCGAGGAUUCUCCCGAAACUCAUUUCAUGAUCUGAAAAGGGUGUUUUGCAAAGAUGACUGCCCAGGAGGUGCGGCUGUGUGGCCUGCUGCUACAGGAGCACUUUGGAGAGGUGGUGGAGAGGAUAGGCACUCACCUGCUCAGAGGAGGGGCACAGAACCUCAGGACCAUCGCCAAUGAGACCAACACACCACUGGACCUGGUGAAGAAGUCUCUGUGUGUGUUGGUACAGCACGGUGCUUGUGAGUUCGGGUCGGGCCGGCGAGGCCCCGGGAGCCCAGUGGAGUACCGGGCCAGCUGUGAGCGGGUUCUAAGGGUUCUGCGGUACCCGCGGUACAUCUACACAGCUAAGACCCUGUAUGGAGACACAGGAGAACUCAUCGUGGAGGAGGUCCUACAACGAGGCCAUAUGACKAUGAGCAACACGGUCAAGACUGUAGCUGACCGACUCACUCAUAACAUGGAGGAGGGUCGUAGUAUGGAGUACAGUGAGGUGGUCUCAGCCUUCUCUAAGCAGGUGGAGACUCACUUCCUGCAGCGCUGUCCUCCGGUGGCCGAGAUGGGAACUGCAGCCACCUCCAUUACCCCGGCGACCCCCGGCACCCCUGCCGCCUCCGCCUCCACUGCCCCCCCAACAGCAGAGAGCAACCCUGACUGCUACAAGCUGCCCCAUGUUACACUCAUAGGUCGCGGGAAGCGCAGACGCUCCAGUGACGACAGUGAGGAGCAGAGAGGAGGGAAGAAAGCCAAGAUGGACUCCGAGUCGUGUGGUGAUGAGGGGAUCUACUGGCAGGUGAACUUUGAGAGGUUCCAUCAGCACUUCAGAGACCAGGCCAUCAUUAGUGCUGUGGCCAGCAAACUGGACCAG